AAGGCCGUGGGACCCCAGCCCCAGCCAUGGAGCGGUGCCAGGUGCCGCCACAGGCCGGGCUGGGCCGCGGGGGGCCCCGGGUCCGCAGCGGGGGACGCUCCGGCGGCGCGGGGAGCUCGGACCCAGCGAGGGCUGCGGCGGCGCCCCUGAGACACCGUGCCCCGGCCCGGCGGGACCGGGCUCCCCCCGCCCGGCGGGCUCGGCCCCAGCCCCCUUCGGGCGCGGGGCUCCCGGGAGGCUUCGACCGCCGCUGCUGGAUGGCGCUGCACAGCGAGCGGCUGCCGCCGGACUGCAGCGCCCAGCCCGCCCCCGGCACGCCAGGAGAUGACCGCAUCUACGCUGCACUGUUUGCAAAACUGAAGGAGUUGCUGGCGUGGAGGGCAUCAGAUGGAGAUCCUCCAGCACCUUUUCUGGAUGGACAACGGUACUAUGAACAGGGGUUGUAUGAAGAAGCAUUAACGCAAUUUAAAAAAAUUGAGGAUACAGAUUUUCAAGCCAUGUUUCAGCUUGGUGUAAUGUAUUAUGAUGGACUAGGCACUGAAAAAGACCCUGAAAGGGCAGUGGAAUACAUGAAUAAAAUACUCAACUCUGAUUCUCCAAAAGCAAGACACCUGAAGGUUGCAGCUGCAUACAAUCUUGGCAGGGCGUAUUACGAAGGAUGUGGUGUUAAGCAUUCAACCGAAGAGGCUGAAAGGUUGUGGCUUAUUGCUGCAGACAAUGGAAAUCCAAAAGCAAGUGUAAAGGCCCAGAGUACUUUAGGAAUGCUUUAUUCUAUGCCAGUUCUAAAAGAUCUGAAGGAGGCCUUUUUCUGGCAUUCAGAAGCAUGUGACAAUGGAAAUCUGGAAUCACAGGGAGCACUUGGCAUUAUGUAUCUCUAUGGACAAGGUAUACGUCAAAACACUAAAGCUGCUUUGAAGUGCUUGAGAGAAGCAGCAGAACGUGGAAACAUCUAUGCUCAAGGCCAUCUUGUAGAAUAUUAUUACACUAAAAAAUUUUACUCAAAAGCUGCUGACCUAGCCAAAAGGACCACAGAAAACAAUGACAUCAAUAUGCUAGCCAAGAAAGCUGAUUGCCAUCCAACAUAUGUAGCCAAGGGGGUUGCUAUGGCUGCUUUCUACUUGGCUAGAUGCCUCCAGCUUGGCCGAGGCAUAAAGCAAGAUCAAGAUGCUGCUAAAAAAUACUAUUCUAAGGCCAUUCAGAGCUGUACAUGGAGAAUAUUCCUGUGAUUCCUAAAGCUGCACAUGGACAACUGGGAAGACAAAUCUGAGUCCCAGAUUUCACAUAUCUGUGUAAAAAAGCUGCAGCAGAACCCAGACAGAAUACAAAGCACCAGCUUGAAUGCCUGAAGAUAUGCCUGUUUCUCAGUGCAGCUAUUUGGGGAACUGCCUAUCUCCUGCCAGAGUACUGCAGACAUGCUUGAACAGCCUCCAAAAUACAGUUUAGAGAAACAUGGCCCAGAAGAAUUGGGACUGUGUGGGACAGUCUCUACCCUGUGUACCCCUGAGCUAGACUGGAUCUGUGCUCACCUACAAGCUGCAAACACCUCCUGGCUGCAACUUUUGAAUACUGGGAGAUCAGUGCUGAAAUUGCUGAUUAGAGUCAUGCCUAUCAUUUUCCAUUCUGCAUUUGUUCCCAGGGCAAGGAUUUGCAUGUGUGUAGGGUCAUCUGAACUGUAAUUGUCAGGAGAGAGUCACUGCUCUAGAAGCAUAUUCUCAGAAUGAGAGGACUUAGUACUCCUGCUUCAAGUUAGGAUCCAUGCGCAAAAUUAUUUAAAUUCUGAUUACUAGAUGGAGACAUAUUACAACUUUCUUCAAGUACCCUCAAAUUCUCUCAUAUAAAUACUGAAAGUCUUCAGAAUCUUUUUAAGAAUGCAAAAUUCUUGAUCAACUUAUGUACUUGUGCAUUUGUUUUUCCAAAUUAAUGAGUCAACUGGAAAACAGAAAGAUGGGAUGUUAGGAGGUCUUCUAAACCAGGAGAACUAGUCCUCUGCUGUUAACAGGCACCAUCUCAUACAACUGCUAUCAUGAAUAAAUUCAAACUAGAGAGCCCUAUUCCUCUGAUUCUCUCCCUUCUGCUAAGUUAAGCAAAUGAAAGUGCUUUCAGAAUCACUUCUCAUGGGAGAAGAUCCUCACUCAAGGCCCCCAGGCCUUUUUCCACUGAGCAGCUUUCUAGUCACCUCUUACCUGAGUGUGGGGUGUGGUAACAGCAAGAAAUACGCAAUUUUUUUCCUCUUAUUCAGAUCUACAAACUUGCUUAUGAAAGCAAUAGAUUUUUUAAAAGAUGUUAUGCUCUGAAACAGUCAUUCUUUGGACAAGGAAGACAUGGGGUUUUUUCAAAUCUUAGGUAACUCUAGUUUUUUAUGUGCUAUCAACUGGUUUAGUAAUCAGUUUAAAAGGUCAAUGAUAGGCUAUUAUACUUUCAGCUUACUUCUAUAUCCAAAUUUACUUUUACUAAGCUUUACUGCAAAACAAUAGGGCUACCAAGUUUUUCUCUCUCUAAAAUCACAGAGGUACAUCCUGGGAUUAACAACAGCAUAUUUUGCAGAUAGGAAGACAGUGUCAUCUACUCAUGCCCCUGAAAUCAGCUACAGCCAGAAUAUUCUCAAGCAAUUAAUUAACAUAGAUAAUUACAACAUAGAUGUUUUCUCCAGCCUAUCCUUUGAAGCACAGAGCCACAAACAAGACAACUAAUGCAAAACUACAGUUCAUUACCUAUCCUAGUACUACUUAUAAGUUAUAGUUAAGGCAGCAAGAAAUUAGAAGCCUCUUCCAACUUCCAUCUUAUUUAGCCAAACUACUUUCUCCUCUGGUAGUAUGGGAGGCACUGGACAGUUGUGUAUGGUGCCCCUUACCACAAAGCUGCCCUUCUGCAGUUUUGCUGCACACAGCAUUGCCAGAUUUUAAAACUAGGCUUCAAAAGCUACAGAUAACUCUUAAAAGACAACUUAAGAGCUUCUCAACUCUCAACUGUGUCACUCGCAAACAGCAUUAAAACAAAUCCAAAUCCAGAUGUUUGCACAUGGAGAAUUUGGUUUUAAAAAUGUUAUCUUAAGUUUUUAACCCGUUGGAUUUAUUUCUUCUUUUACAGACAAUGACUAUAAUUGUUAACAGACCUAUCAAUAGCUUGCAAGAGCUUAAGACACAACCAAAUAAACUCAACAGCACAUACUUUUCCUUCAACAAAAAGUUACCUCAAGAUAACUACUUAUAAUCGUUCCAGGAAUAUUUUCUUAAUGAUGUAGGAAGGCAAGCCAGUAGAGACCCAAUUAAUCUUUAAUUCUCUGUAGGGAUACUGUCAAGAAGAUUGCUUAUGUUCCUGUUACGUACUACAUAACAAGCAUUCACUGACUGGCAAGUGUUAGAGAGCUAGGAGAUGGUAAUACUUGUUUUCAUUAUGCAUUUUUUUACAUUCAUUCUACAAUUGUCUGCUUACACCCAAAUGGAAAAGCAGAACAAGACAAAAAAAAAAUGUAACUUCAUCUUACAGAUAUAAAGCACUUUCUUUCUGGGUAUUCUAGUCCCCUGAAACUGUACUGCUAUUAAAUAUAAUACUAUAAAACAAUGAGUGUAAGUACUGCAUCUUUGAGACACAGCAGAGACACAACUGCACCCAAGUGCAAUAGCAUGGUAAUAUAACAAGAGACAGUUCUCAUGAAAAACAAUGCCUCUAAGAUAGCAAACUGUCAAAACCAGUUUAUGUUCAUGCAGGUAAUUUUUAUAACUCCAUUACAACUGUGUUUGAAGAACAGAAAUUUUGUAUAUGCAUCACAGUAGCCACUGGGAAACAAGAGGAACUCAGAAGAGGGUUCCUUCCCCCACAAGUCAGUAUUUAGUAUAAACAGUGUACACAAAGGUAUAAGGAAAGUAGCUACGCAUUUUUCCUCCACUUUUCAUGCAAGUUUGAACUGACCCAGAAGACAAAAAGCAAUAAAAAAAUCCCAUACCUCGCCUGAGACAAUGAAGGCUUUCCACAUGCCAAGAUUCUCACACCACCAGUCCGUUCUUGCAAUGUGCAGCUGAAGAUCACUGUGCUCUCUCUCCAUCAGAGUAAUUUCAUCUUUCAGCUUAGAAACAAUCUGAAGAGGAAAGUUUAUUGAUUACAAUUGGUAAGAAAAAGCUCAUACAACAUGCCUAGUUGUGUCCUUGGGGACAGUGUUCAUAAAGAAAAGGUACAAAAGCAGGGGGAGAACAAUUCACACGGAUUGGAAAAAAAAAACAACCAAAAGUGAGAGAAUCAAUGAUGCCUCUUAUGAUCUCCUACAAUACACAGCAAUCUUAACGGUCGACCCUGAUACUAAAAUAAAAAACAAGUUAGAAGUACACGCUACUAUCACACUAUCAGCAUAAACGGCACUUGAGACUGGAUUGUAUACUACAUACUGAAUGCUUCACACAAAGUUGAAAUUGCCAUUAUUGAAAUAGGCAUUGCUGAAGACAUCCUCCUUAUCACCUUCAGGUAUACACUACGCAAAUAGAUUUCAUUUCUAGGAAUUUAGCUAUGUUAACAAUAAUUCAGGAAGUUAUCACUUAUUUCAUUUUAGUAUUGAAGAGGGAAGGAUUUAUUACUGUGGAAAGCACAAAUUUAAAAAGACAUUCUUGUCAAGAUGUAACUCACCAUCAUAAUCUAAUGAAGGAGAAAUAGUGUCUCUCAUCAUAUCAGAAAAGAAAAUAAGUAAACAAACACCCUUCCAGGAGACAGAAUGACAACAAAAGGUGGAAGUAUACAUAAGAUGUGACGUUAGAAAUAUGGCAAAAGCAGCUGACACUUUUUUACUUUAUUUUUAAACAUGAUACACCACACAGUCAAACUGAUUAGUUCUAUCACAUGUACCACAAGUGGUGCAUUCUACAGAGCUACAGUAAUUCUGUCUCGUUCAGAAUUUUUUUCUCAUGCUAAAUAUGAAAUGUUAUCUACAUGACGGCUAUAGAACAACAUUCUAGCAGAUACCUAACGUUCAGAAUAUUUUUUUAUUUUAAUUUAUUUACUAUCAACAUAGAGACUUGCUCUACAGUCACAUUGCAUUGACUCCAGUGGCAUCCAGGAACAUGCAAUAAUACAGAAGAACUGCUAAGGUUUCAAAGGUAAACAGCUGCUACAUUUACAAACAAAACACAGACUUUACAAUGAUACUGGAUCCAUUUUACUAUUCUGUUCCAGAUAGAUAUAUAUUUUCAAAGACAAAGAAUAUUUUAGAAACAAAAACAUACAGGGAAAAACCCACUACUUUAGUAGGACUACAAUCCCUGCCUCCCCAAGAGCUUAAAGUAUAGAAAGAAUAUAGCUAUUAUGUUUCAAGAAUGCAAAGGGAACUUAGAAGUGAUACAUCCAUGUGAAUGGAAUAAUAUAUAAAGGUUUAGUCAUACAGAAUCAUAGAAUGGCUUGGGCUGGAAGGGGGACACCCCAGAAGAGCUGCAAACAGAUUUUCAGCUGUCUGCAGUAACCUUUGGCAGAAGGAAGAUGUGCAAGGGACAGAGGGAAUAGUUAGCCAGGGUAGCCUCAAAUGCUAGUGUUCACAUCUUUCUCUUAGAGAUAGCUAUCCUCAGAGCUGGGGUGGUAGAGAAUGAGUCAACUUCUAUUCAGACCAGCAUCUAACCAUUCACCCUGAGUGAAGGAACAAAUAUAUGAAAAAUCCAGCUCCUGAGCAAUGACUAAUGCCCAGGUACAUUUUUGUCACCCGAAGCAGGAGGUCAUUUUAGGGAGAUGCCUUGGCUAUUUGUUAGUCUCACCCACCGUCUACCAUUUGCAACCAAGCAGUCUCAGUACACCUGACAAGCUUGGCCCACCUGCGUCUCAACAACAGUCCUGUAAUAUCACCCCCGGUAGCAACGCAAAUGAGUCGGCCUAAGCCAUAUGCAAAUCACUUGCUUCUCCUGGAAUAUUGUCUCAGACUGCUUAACUGUUUCACUUUGCAAGAGAAAAGGAGAUUCUUUUGUUUGUUUGUUUUUAGCCCAAGUCCAGAGUGCUGAAAUUUCACAUCUCUCAGAAUUUUUCAUCUGGUGACAGUGUGCUUUCUCCUAGUUCCUAAUAAAGGAAAUCAGUCACUUUUAUAGGUUUGGGGCUUUUUUUAUCCCUUUAUUCGACCCAAUCCGCCACAGCUGGGUUAUGGAG